CUUAUUAUUCAUCAUUCGGAUAAACACAAGAACACAAACACCGUUUUCCAUUUGAAUUAAUUUAAUUUAGAAUAGAAGAAAAGACAAAAAGAAAAAUAAUAAAACCCUAGGUAAGGUAAGAAAAAGAAACGAAAAUAUAGGUACCGUAGUAGUAGAAAAAGUAGAGUUAUAGUAGUAUAUAUAAUUGAAAUUGAAAUUGAAAUUGAAAUUGAAAGAGAAAAUGGAAGGAAUACCUCACCCAGUACCUCGAACUGUUGAAGAAGUUUUCAGCGAUUAUAAGGGUAGACGCGCUGGUUUGAUCAAAGCCCUAACUACUGACGUUGAAAAGUUUUACCAGCUCUGCGAUCCCGACAAAGAGAAUUUGUGCUUAUAUGGAUAUCCAAAUGAAACAUGGGAAGUGAAUUUGCCUGUUGAAGAAGUGCCUCCCGAACUUCCCGAGCCAGCGUUAGGUAUAAACUUUGCUAGGGAUGGCAUGCAAGAGAAGGACUGGUUAUCACUGGUUGCAGUUCACAGUGACUCAUGGCUGCUUGCUGUUGCUUUCUAUUUUGGUGCUCGCUUUGGAUUCGGUAAGAAUGAAAGGAAAAGGCUUUUUCAGAUGAUAAAUGAGCUGCCAACUAUCUUUGAGCUCGCAACAGGAUCUGCUAAGAUAGCAAAGGACCAACACCAACUGCCUGCUCACAACAAUGGUAGCAAUAGCAAAUUCAAAUCAAGUGGAAAGUCCCGCCAGUCUGAGUCUCAGACCAAGGGUGUGAAGAUGUCUGCACCGCCCAAAGAAGAGGAUGACAGUGGAGAAGAAGAUGAUGAUGAUGAAGAAGAUGAUGAACAAGGUGCAACCUGUGGUGCUUGUGGUGAUAAUUAUGGCACUGAUGAGUUCUGGAUCUGUUGUGAUAUGUGCGAGAGAUGGUUCCAUGGUAAAUGUGUUAAAAUUACUCCUGCUAAGGCUGAACACAUCAAGCAAUACAAGUGUCCCGGCUGCAGUACCAAGGCCAAGAAUUGCGUAGCUCUGAAGCUUUGGGCCAAUGUCAAGAUUUAGAAUGUUUGAUAGCAUUUUUAUAAGUGAAAGUGAAACCAUUGUUGCCUGUUCUAGUCAAUGCACUUUAGUGACUACGCAGAUGUAAUUUCAAGUUUUGUGAUCGUUCAUUCCUACUGUCUACUCUCAUUGGGAAUUUGCAUCUUUAAGUAGUCACUGGCAACAAAAAUAUUAUAUAAAUAGAUUAUGCAGUUUCUGGUUUUAA